CUGACGUCAGCGUCCUCUUCCCUGCCUCGGCCCUCGUGUGGUGGGCAGUGUAUAAUUUACUGUCGGCUUUUUCCUCCACCGAGCGAAUCCAAAGCCAUCCGUCAAAAUGGUGAACUUUACAAUCGACCAGAUCCGUGCCAUCAUGGAUAAGAAGGCCAACAUCCGUAACAUGUCCGUGAUUGCGCACGUCGAUCAUGGCAAGUCGACCCUGACCGACUCCCUCGUGUCGAAGGCCGGUAUUAUUGCCUCAGCCCGUGCCGGGGAGACCCGGUUCACCGACACGCGAAAGGAUGAACAGGACCGUUGCAUUACCAUCAAGUCUACUGCCAUCUCUAUGUUCUACGAGUUGUCCGAGAACGACUUGGCCUUCAUCAAGCAGUCAAAGGAUGGCGCCGGCUUCUUGAUCAACCUGAUCGACUCUCCUGGACACGUCGACUUCUCCUCUGAAGUAACUGCUGCUCUCCGUGUUACUGACGGAGCCCUGGUGGUCGUUGACUGCGUUUCUGGUGUGUGCGUCCAAACCGAAACCGUGCUACGUCAGGCCAUCUGUGAGCGCAUCAAACCUGUCCUGAUGAUGAACAAGAUGGACCGUGCCUUGUUGGAGCUGCAGCUUGAGCCCGAUGACCUGUACAAAACUUUCCAGUGUAUCAUCGAAAACGUCAAUGUCAUUAUUUCAACUUAUGGCGAAGAAAAUGGACCCAUGGGUAAUAUCAUGAUUGAUCCGGUCGUUGGCACAGUCGGCUUUGGCUCUGGCCUCCACGGUUGGGCUUUCACGCUCAAGCAGUUUGCUGAGAUGUAUACAGCCAAGUUUGCAGCCAAGGGCAACACCCAGAUGACUGCGGCUGAGCGCUGCAAGAAGGUGGAAGACAUGAUGAAGAAGCUGUGGGGUGACAGGUACUUUGACCCAGCAACUGGCAAAUUUUCCAAGUCUGCGGUUACAGCUAAGGGCUCAAAGCUCCCUCGCAGCUUUGUCCAUCUUAUCCUUGAUCCCAUCUUCAAGGUGUUUGAUGCAAUCAUGAAUUUCAAGAAGGAGGAAGCUAACAAGCUGAUGGAGAAGCUGGAGAUCAAGUUGGAUAGCGAUGACAAGGGUAAAGAAGGCAAGCCCCUGCUUAAGGCUGUGAUGCGUCGCUGGCUGCCAGCCGGAGAGGCCCUCCUUCAGAUGAUCACCAUCCACCUGCCUUCCCCUGUCACUGCCCAAAAGUACCGUUGCGAGCUACUCUAUGAAGGACCCGAUGAAGAUGAAGCUGCCCUUGGUAUCAAGAAUUGUGACUCAAAGGCUCCUUUAAUGAUGUACAUCUCUAAGAUGGUACCCACGAGUGACAAGGGACGCUUCUAUGCCUUUGGCCGUGUCUUCUCUGGAACCGUUUCUACUGGUCUGAAAGUGCGCAUCAUGGGACCCAACUAUACCCCUGGAAAGAAAGAGGACCUCUAUUGUAAACCUAUCCAGCGGACCAUUUUGAUGAUGGGUCGCUACUCUGAGCCCAUUGAAGAUGUGCCCUGUGGUAACAUUGUGGGUCUGGUUGGUGUGGAUCAGUUCCUGGUCAAGACUGGCACCAUCACCACCUUUGAGCAUGCACACAACAUGAAAGUGAUGAAGUUCAGCGUCAGCCCUGUGGUCAGAAUCGCUGUGGAAGCCAAAAACCCAGCUGAUCUCCCCAAGCUGGUGGAGGGCUUGAAGCGUCUGUCCAAGUCUGAUCCCAUGGUGCAGUGCAUCAUUGAGGAGUCAGGAGAGCACAUCGUUGCUGGAGCUGGAGAGCUGCAUCUGGAGAUCUGCCUCAAGGAUCUUGAGGAGGACCAUGCUUGCAUCCCACUCAAGAAAUCCGAUCCUGUAGUGUCCUACAGAGAGACCGUUAGCGAGGAGUCCUCCAUCACAUGUCUGUCAAAGUCUCCAAACAAGCACAACCGUCUGUUCAUGAAGGCCCGCCCCUUGGAGGACGGUUUGGCCGAGGACAUCGAGAAGGGAGAAGUCAGCGCUCGUCAGGAGAUGAAGGCCCGGGCCCGCUACCUUGCAGAUAAGUAUGAUUGGGAAGCCACAGAUUGCAAGAAGAUCUGGUGCUUCGGGCCUGACGGAACUGGUCCCAACUUGCUGGUGGAUGUGACCAAGGGUGUGCAGUACCUCAAUGAGAUAAAGGACAGCGUUGUAGCUGGCUUCCAGUGGGCUGUUAAGGAGGGCGUCCUCUGUGAAGAGAACAUGCGUUCGGUUCGCUUUGAGAUCCAUGAUGUCACCCUGCAUACAGAUGCUAUCCACCGUGGUGGUGGCCAGAUUAUGCCCACCACUCGCAGAGUUCUAUAUGCAUGCGAGCUCACAGCUGAACCCAGAUUGAUGGAGCCUGUCUAUUUGGUGGAAAUUCAGUGUCCUGAGUCUGCCAUGGGUGGAAUCUAUGGUGUGUUGACCAAGAGGCGUGGUCAUGUGUUUGAAGAGGCCAGUGUCCUAGGUACGCCCAUGCGUGUCAUCAAGGCCUACCUGCCUGUCAUGGAGUCCUUUGGUUUUACAGCUGACCUUCGUUCCAACACUGGUGGCCAGGCCUUCCCCCAGUGCGUCUUUGACCAUUGGCAGAUCUUGAGUGGAAACCCACUUGAUAAUACUUCCAAGCCUGGUAUUGUGGUCACUGACUCGCGUAAACGCAAGGGUCUCAAAGAAGGUGUCCCAUCCUUGGACAACUACCUGGACAAAUUGUAAAAGCCUGGACCACUAUUUGCUUAUUGCCUCAUUCCUCCCCACACAUGCACAAUGUGGGACCGGACUGUACAGAACACAGUGAGCACUAAGGUUUGCCAAAAGGAUUGACAAUAUAAAUGGAUAAACUUAACAAAAAUUGUAAACAAAUAAAAGGAAAUAAAACCUA